AUGGCGGAAGACGACGCGAUAAGCAUUAUUGUGGCAACAGUGAUAUUCCUGUACUUGUCGGUGGUUACUUAUAACCUGUUUAUUCAUCCACUGAAAGAAUUUCCCGGCCCGCGAACGCUAGCCGCCAGCAGGAUCCCUGUAGCCUACGCCUCUCUGAAGGGUAUCCAGACACAUUGGCUCCAUAGCCUCCAUCUGAGAUAUGGACCAGUCGUACGCGUGGCUCCUAAUGAGCUGAGCUUUAUCGACGAACGAGCCUGGAAGGAUAUAUAUAGCAGUUCACCCACGGUGCCACAAACCUUAUCCCGCCAGCAGCCAAUACUGGCCAAGUAUGGUGACGCUCUCGUUGAAACUCUUUCCGGCAUGGAAGGGCAUAUCACCAAUAUACGCGAUAUGUUCCAUUACACGCUUUUCGAAAUUGUUGGGCAUUUUCAGUACGGUGAGGAAAUGGGCGUCUUGCGAACAGGGGCACGUAAAUCGUGGCUCCGCAAGGCUUACUUCAAGCCUUCGAAUGACCUCAUAGACCAUCGACUUCAAAUCCAAAGCGACGAGCCAGACCUUAUCGGUCUUACAUUUCGCAACAGUCGCAGCUCAGCUUUGACUGAAAAGGACAUUCGUGCCAAUGCUCACAUCAUGAUGCUUGGAGGAGCAGAAACAACCCUGGGCCUCAUGACAUUUUUGACUGCGUGUCUCCUCCAGCACCCCGAGUGCUUUGCGCGUCUCAAAAAGGAGAUUCGCACAAAUUACCACGAUAAGAAGGAGGUCUCUCUGGAAUCGGUAUCGAAGCUUGCUUACUUGGAUGCUUGUAUCAAGGAGGCUUUAAGAACGUACCCCCCGAUCCCCGGGGCUAUACAUCGUGUUUCCCCUGCAGGCGGGGCAUCCAUAGCCGGUCACUGGGUCGCAGGAAACACACGGGGUGCAGAAGGCCCGUACCAGAAAGAUAUCAAAGCGGCAUGUCAUCCCUUUUCGACAGGACCGCGGAGUUGUAUCGGCCAAGACAUGGCAUAUGGCAUGACAAAGGUAGUAUUCUGCAAAUUUGCAACAGAGUUCAACUGCGAACUUGCGUCUGAUGAUACCGGUUCCUGGCUCACAGGUCUUCGUUCAUGGGGAACAUGGGAGGUGCCGCCACUCAUGGUGCGGGUAUCUAGGGUGGAAAAGGCCAGCAUCUGA